AUGUCAAUAGACGAUCCGUUGAUACGAGUCGAUCUGACCACGGCCCUGUGGUAUUGUGCCGAGUUGUCCUCGAUAUUAUUCAAAAACGAUCCAAAACAUUUUAGAAAAGAAAAAAUGCGUAUGUACAGUCAUUAUUCAGAAUAUAUGAAGGAGAUCCUUAAAUGGUUCCAAUAUGAUGUAGAUACGAAAUCGGUUGACCUGAGAGCGGAUAUUUUUAGAAAUGUAAAUAGACUAAAGCGUAUAGGACGACGUGAAGAUAAAAUAUGGCAUAUUUUAGGGCAAAUAUUUAAGAAAGAAAACAGGAUUUUAGUAUCCGAGAUGGUGAACCCAGACAACAUCUACAAGCUGAAAUAUUUACAGCUGGACCAUAACAAAGUGAUCGAUGAGAAUCUGUUGUCUGCUGAAGUUGAUAUUAACAAGUUUGCGCAUUUCAUGGAUUACGUUGAGACGACAUUCGUGCCGGUGUGCAAAAUGACUAUGAGACCUCACUUUGUUACAGAAGACAACAAAUCUUACUACGAACAAGUGGUGACAAAAGCAAGAAGAGUUGUAAUACAAGAUGGAAAACUUACAUGGGAACCUGUGGAGCAAUUGGAUUUCACACGAAUUCUAUCCACGAAUAAAUUAUUUAUAUCGAACAUUAAACGAUUCUCAAAAUAUCCCACAAUUGGACAAUUUAAAUGUUACGUGUCGAAAAAGAUGAAAUAUUUCAGGGGGAAACCAGUUGUUUUCGCAACAAAUACGAUGGAGACUAUAGAAAAAACCCAUGCGGCGUAUAAAAAGACCCGCACUAGUGUAAAUAAAUUCAAACAAAUAUCAAACUCUUCAGUGAAUAAGGCAGUCCGUAUAGAGAAAGAGAAUCCGUUUGACUUAACUGAAGAAGAAAUACCGGAUUUUAUUAAAAAGUCGGAGAGUUAUAUCGUGAAGAAAGAGAUGUCAGAGUCAGUGCCUUCUGGUGAGAAGUCUGCUGAGGUGCCUCCGUCUGGUCUUCCGCAACCACAGAAAGCUAAAAAGAAGAAAUCAAAAACGAAAAACUCGCAGAAGCCAAAUAAAUAA